AUGGUGUCCCAGGGUAAGGUCCAGAUCAGCACUGAACAGAUCCUAGAAGAUAAGAGCUCUGGCUCUCUGGGAUGUUGUGGCUGGCUUCUCUUCGGAAUCUCUCUCAUCGUUACGCUGUUCCUCUUCCCUAUCACCAUCUUCAUGUGCGUCAAGAUUGUAAAGGAGUAUGAGCGAGCGGUCAUUUUCAGACUUGGACGCAUCGCAGACAAGAAGCCGAAAGGACCAGGGAUCUUCUUUGUACUUCCCUGUACUGACACCUUUGUGAAGGUGGACUUGAGGACUGUGUCUUUUGACAUCCCACCCCAAGAGAUCCUGACCAAAGACUCAGUGACGGUGUCUGUGGACGGGGUGGUGUAUUUCCGUGUGUACUGCCCCAUCUCUGCUGUAGCCAACGUGUCCAACGCCCACUCCUCCACCCGUCUCCUGGCCCAGACCACCCUGAGGAACGUCCUGGGAACCAAGAACCUGGCUGAUCUGCUGUCUGACCGCGAGGGAAUCUCACACAGCAUGCAGGAGUCUCUGGACGAGGCCACUGACCCGUGGGGUAUCAAGGUGGAGCGUGUGGAGAUUAAGGACGUGAAGCUGCCCCACCAGCUGCAGAGAGCCAUGGCUGCAGAGGCAGAAGCCAGCCGUGAGGCCAGGGCUAUAGGCGAUAAAGCCCGGCCCCCCCCCGGGAAGAACAUUAAAGAGUUCUAG